CUACAAGAAGAGUGAUGAUACCUAGACAAUGUCUUACCGAGGGUUUAUUGGCCGUCUCUCUAAGGAGGAGCAAGACUUCUGCGACAUUCAAAAUGCAGCUGCAGAAUUUUACCGGGUCAACAGAGUCCCCCAGGCAGUAGAGAGAGCUCUGAACGAGCUCUUCUUCCACCGGCCCGAGGACGUUCACGGUUACCUGGCAAAUUACUUUACAAACCUCUCUGCACCACCAAUGAUCAGCAGACUGAAGGGAAGGGAGGUUUAUGAUGCAAGAGGACAACCAUCCAUCCAGACAGAGGUCUUCUGCAUUGUCUGCAACAAGGAAAAGCGCAUGUCCUCAGCUGCCGUCUCCAGCCACUUUGGGCCGAAGGAGACUUCACUAAACUGGAGUCAGGAGAGGGCUGAUCAUGUGAUGACUGGUGUCCAGUGGAUCAAUGAACCUCUGAACAACAUGCUGAAGGUCCAAAACCCCUGUGACCAAUCAGAAGUCGACCAUAUACUCAGCAUUCCACUCAUUGUGCACAGCAAAAAGACCAACACUGCAGAGAAGCCAUUUCCUCCAGCAGAGCCACCAGAACCAGUUCUGCCUGGGAGCUCGGCCAUUGGCUCAGUGUCUCUGGCUGUGGCCAAAAGUGCGGCACAAAUACAGGAUAUCCCUCUCUACAAAUACAUAGCAGUUCUGAAGAAAAGAGAGGCUCCAACACAGUUUCACAUCCCCGUCUCCUUGGUAACUUUGCUGAGCUGUGGGAAGAAUUCUCCUGGAAAACUGAGUUUACUGGAGGAAGUCAUCCUGAUCCCCAAAGCAGGACAACGAGUCAGACAAAUCAUCACAAUGACCCUUGAGUUACAGAAGGAGAUGAUGAGAAUAAUAAACACUUCCACAAAAGCCGGGGCCACCCAGGUAAUUCUGAGUGACAAUGGAGCGCCGGCUUUGACCUAUGAGCGACCCGAGCAGCCUCUGGAUCUAAUCACAGAAGCCUGUACUAACUUUGGACUGGCACUGGGAACAGAGAUACAUUUAGCACUAAACUGUGCCGCCCCUGAGCUAAUGGACUAUUCUAAAGGAAAGUAUGAAGUUGCAACAGGAGUUCUGAAGUCUCCAGAUGAAUUAGUAGAUAUGUACCAGAGCCUCAUCAGUAAAUACCCAGCAGUGGUGGCCUUAAUUGAUCCAUUUAGGAGAGAGGACGUAGACCAAUGGGAGAAGCUGAGCAGUGUGAUUGGAGACUCAUGUUCGCUGCUCUCUGAUAUCACCUACAAGUCAAAGGCCCCACCCUUACCAGGAGUCAGAGGCCACAUCUUAAAACACAUCUGUGAAACAACAGUCAGUGAUUUAAUCCGAAUCACAUCAGAGCACCAAGGGACAGCGUUAAUGGGAACAACAUGCAGCGAGCCCUGCAGUAAUGACUCUUUGUCAGAUAUAGCUGUGGGUCUGGGCCUGGAC